CCACUACCAUUUUCACUUGUUCUAUACUAUAUCCUUCAAAAUAUACAUGAUGGAUACUUGCAAGAAAUCUCCCUUGAAACCAUGGAAGAAAGGGCCAACCAGGGGGAAAGGUGGCCCUCAAAAUGCUGCAUGUGAGUAUCGAGGCGUUCGCCAGAGAACGUGGGGAAAAUGGGUUGCUGAGAUCAGAGAGCCAAAGAAGAGAACUAGACUCUGGCUUGGUUCUUUCGCAACUGCGGAAGAAGCUGCAAUGGCUUAUGAUGAAGCUGCAAGGAGACUCUAUGGACCAGAUGCAUACCUUAAUCUUCCACACUUGCAGCCACACUCAGUUUCGUCUAUCAAAACUGGAAAGUUCAAGUGGUUGCCUUCAAAGAAUUUCAUUUCAAUGUUCCCUUCUUGUGGAUUACUCAAUGUAAAUGCUCAACCUAGUGUUCAUUUAAUCCAUCAGAGGCUACAAGAGUUUAAGCAGAAUGCAGUUGCUGCAAGUCAAUCAUCGCUUUCUAGUUCAUCUAAUGAUCGAAAGGCAGAAGAAAAUCAGAAUGUAGAGAGCAACAAGAAUCAUGCAGAAAAUCCACCAAAGGAAAAAGAUGUUCAAACAUCGGCGAAUAAGAUGCUUGGAGAUUUUCAAGAGGAGAAACCACAGAUAGACCUACAUGAGUUUCUUCAACAGAUGGGAAUACUGAAAGAAGAAACACACUCGGAGCAAACUGAGAGUUCGGGAAGUUCAACAGUGCAUGAAGCGGUGUCAAAAGAUGAUAAUAAUCAAUUGGGAAUAUUUUCUGACACAAGUGUUAAUUGGGAGGCAUUGAUCGAGAUGCAUGGAUUUGCAGAUAUUCCGGAAUCAGAAGCCACGCAGCUCGAAGCAUAUGACCCAAAUGACCAUCUUAAUUUCUCAACUUCCAUUUGGAACUUUUAGAAACUUAGCUGGUUUGUCAGUCAAGAAAAGAGAAACUACCUUAUCUAGCUUUUAAGGAGUUGAAAUCUAGUUAGAAUUCGAUAUGGUACUCUCUCCAGCCUUAAACAUAAGCAAAAAAGUAUAUGUAUUUAGUUUAAAUGUGGACCAAGUACAUAUACUUUUUCGCUUAUACUUAAAGCCGGAGAAGUACUACUUAAUAACUCAGCCUAAGCUGAUCAGACGGUUUUGGUCCUACUAGUACUCAAUUGCUGUUUGACUUAUGUGUGCUGAAUUUCAAUCUAUUGACAGCAAUGUAAGAGUAGGAAAGUAGCUAGGAAGGAGCUUAUUUUAGUAGUUGUAGUGGCAAAGUUCAUGUU